AUGCAAAAAUCACAGACAACCCAAGAACCAGGACUAUUGCUCUCGCCACCUCGAUCAUCACCUGGUAAUGUCCUUCUGGUGCCCUUCCUGGUUGAGAAGAGACAAAAUCAUCGAUUCAGGUAUUGUUCAUUGCUAAGAUUUAUAGUUUAUUUAAAUGCUAAAGAUACCGUGUACACCACGUAAAAAUCUCUCGACAAGAUGUAUUCGCAACAGGCUUGUAGCACGCUUGUCAUUUUAUAAGUUGCUACAAGGUUGUCACUCGCAACUUGUUGAAUUACAGGACGGUAACAAAUUUGUGGAACAACUUGUAACAAGUCUUAUGCUUGUGAUGUUACUCUGAGUACAAAUCCACACCGGGCAAGCUUGAAAAAUAUGCCUGGCCACGGUGGGAAUUGAACCUACGACCUUUGGAAUACUAGCCCAAUGCUAGAGUACCAUCACAAGCAUCAUAUUCACCUGAGUACAUACACCAACACAAAAAAAUUCUUGUAACAAGUCUGUUGGAGUCAACUACAUUGUACCAAAUUGUCAAGAUGCAUACGUCAUCACAUGACGUCAUCACUCACCUUCAUUCGGUACCAGGUCCCCAAAUCCGAUGGUUGUGAAAGUUACGAAACAAAAAUACAAUCCAUCCAAGAAUGUCCAAGGCUCGGUUAAAUUAUAUAAUAUCCCUCCCAGGAGCAGCAUUAUCACCAUCAAACAUAACAUAACCGUGACUGUCUUGCUAUGUAACUUAGUCACUUCUUUGGCAAAAUAUCGCUGCUCAAUACUUCGUAAUGUUAGUUGGAUUAAAGCGACUAUUCGAUCUCCGACCAGUUUUACAAUCAUGAUGUUUAAUGGGAUACCAAAUAGAGCGAAGAUCAUGCAAAAUAUUUUUCCUCCGGCCGUUUCUGGCGAUAAAUGGCCAUAACCUGGAAAAUUAGAUUAGUUCAACCUAAUGCACACAUCCAACUUUCAUCACAGAGGCAUUAAAGGCUCGGCUAAACGCACCUGCACUCAGUAUACAGUCACGGAUCACAUUGAAACAUGUUUAACCAUAAUCAAUAUAGGAUAAGGUUAGGGAACUCGAUGCAAACAUAAUACACCUCAUUAUCUAUGUUUUUGUCUGGUUUAUGCAAGAAAUGGUCUGUUCAUCGUCAGGUGUGUAUUGUAUUUUCGCUAGGGCAACCAAUAACUAUGUUUUCAUUUAACCAUUGUGUAAUAUCACGACUGGGUAAUGGACCUAUUCCCUAAUGAACAAACUUUUGAUCUAGACAAAAAUUUCAUCACAGCUUGAAAGAGCAUCACAAAAUUAGUAAUAUUCCAAAGUUUCGUUGCGAAAUGUUGUAAAAUGCGGAUAAUAUAGCCUUGCGAAGUUUGCCGUUUUUCAGUCAUUUUGUAUUACGCACGGGAAAUUGACUUUUUUUCAGAAAGCGGUAUACACUGGAAUAAAUCCGCCUAGUGGCAAAUGGGCUUAAGGCUUACCUAUCGUUGUAACAACACUGACAGCGAAAUAAACAGAUGAAUAAUAAUCCCAUCGUUCCCCGCAUUCAUUCAAACGAUUACAACGUCUCUUAACAACAUCCACAACUUCCCGAACCAUGAAAUCAAACUCGUCGCUUGUCAGAUUAUGAGACAACAUUAAAACCUCGCGUACUUUCCCCAAAUCUGUGAGGUGCUCGAUGUCAUUGACUGCCUCUAAAGCUUGGAAUAUAGCAGCUCCGCUUAGCAAAUAAAUUCCGUACAUGACCAGAAGGAAUAUAAAUUUCCUUGUUUCUAAACUGAUAUUUGUAUCCAUCAGCCAUGAUAGCACAUUCGAGAGAGUAAGAUGAUGUUUUUUAAGUAAACUGGUUGACAAUGUAGGCACCGAGUGAAUUGUAUUUGUGUUUUUGUACAGGUGGCGACACAACGUGGAGAAAGAGUCGUUUGAAAAAUACUGGUGGUCAACACUUGCAUGGUAG